GGCACUCCAGUCUCCCGACCAGGAAUCCGCCCGUCAGUCUAGCUAGCCACCGUGGAAUCGGACGGCUGAUGCUGUCCCAGACAAACCCGUCCGUCCCUCUGUUUCAAUAGCCACCGAGAUCGGACGGUCGUCAUGCCAAAGCUGACGCUUCACGGCACGGCGAUCUCGCCGUACACGAGACGAGUGAUCAUGACGCUCUACGAGAUGGGCGUGGAGAUGGGCGUGGAGGAUUUCGUGCACAUACCAGUCAGCCCUCUGACAGGCGGAACCAAGACGCCGGACUUCAUCAAGAUGCAACCGUUUGCUCGGAUCCCUGUGCUGGAAGACAACGGUAGCAUCAUAUACGAAUCGCGAACAUUAAUGAGAUAUGUUGCUGACAAGUACAUGGACCAGGGGCCGAACCUCCUGGGAGACACUCUCAUGGAGCGAGCCCUAGUAAACCAGUGGAUAGACAUCGAGGGCCAUACGUUCUCCCCGCCAGUGAUGAUUCUUGUGUACGAGAGAGUGUUCAAGUCUCAUCUGCACAAACGUCCUUGUGACGAGGAGCGGUGGAAGGAUGGAAGAGAGAAGCUGUCCCGUGUGUUGGACAUAUACGAGAAGCAUCUGGAAGGGAGGGACUACUUAGUUGGGAACUCUUUUUCCCUGGCGGAUCUGACUCAUCUGCCCUUCACGGAGCUGUUGCCGGCCGCGGGAGCAUUUGAUUUGAUUGAGAGCCGCCCGAACGUGUGCAGAUGGUGGGCGAGGAUAUCGAGUAGAAAUGCAUGGAAGAGAACACAGCAGGUGGAGCCCUAUGAGUUUUGAAUGAAUUCCGAUAGCUUGUGUGUGUUUGCAAGGGGUUUGCCUCAGGGAUUUUGAGAGUGACAUUACCCAUGUGCCUUCAAUUUCAUAAAAUUCACAAACCCAUAUGCUAUAAAAUUUUACGAAACAC